CGUUCUGUUCGGUAAUCAUCGGGUUUUUCCGGAGCUGAUGUCAGAGCAGCACAGAUCGGUCCGGCGGAGCUCCGGAUGAUGAUGAUGAUGGCGUCGCCAAAGCGGACCCGUUCGGCCUAACGCGAGCAAGGACAGCGGGCGUCGGUGCGGUCCGGACAUGGAGGACCACGUCUGCUCCGAACCGGACCAGCUGCUGCAGUUCCUGCGGAGACUCAAGGAGGUCUUCGACGUCUGCGACGAGCACGCGGACGGCUUCAUCCGGGUGGAGCACCUGCUGGAACUGGGUCUUCAGUUCGGUCAGCCAGACGAGGUGAAAAAGCUGACCCGGCAUCUGUAUCCCAACGCUCACGGGAAAAUCAACUUCAAAGACUUCUGCCACGCCGUUUUUGCCAUCAAAGGCUGUGAGGGCCUCCUGAAGGCGGCUGUGGGCCCCCGCCUCGCUUCCCGCCAUCCGUCUGUCACGGACAACGGCCACGUGUACCAGGCUGCAGAGGCAAACCCAGCCCCCCCCAUCAUCAUGUGCACUCGGCCUUACCCAGAGUGCAGUGCGUCGAGCGAGGAGUGCGACAUGGACAGCAGCGCUGACGCACGGGGCCCGCCCCAGCGGCACAGCCUCCUGAACGGAUCUGCAUCCGUCAUCUCCGGGGAGGAGCAGUUUGAGGACUACGGCGAGGGCGUGGACGUGGACUUUACUCCCAGCAGUCCUUGUCCUGAAGAGGACUCCCACACCAACGGCUUCUCAGACCUGGGCUCCUCGCUGCCGUCCAGCGGGGGUCAGACCCCUCAGAAGAUGGGGCAGCUGUACAACAGCGACCUGCUGGACAUCUACUGCUCUCAGUGCUGCAAGAAGGUCAACCUCCUCAACGACCUGGAGGCGCGGCUGAAAAACCUCAAGGCCAGCAGCCCGAACAGGAAGAUCUCCAGCACCGCCUUUGGACGGCAGCUGUUCCAGGCCAACCACAGCGUGUUCGGGUCCAGUCAGGGCAGCAGCACCGAGGACCUGUUUGCAGACAGCUAUGACCCCUGCGACCUUGACAUCACAGAGAAGGUGGGGUUCCUGGAGAGGAAGGUGACGGAGCUGGAGAGUGACAGUUUGGCCAACAGUGACCUCAAGUCCAAACUGAAGCAGGAGAACACUCACCUGGUUCACAGGGUGCACGAGCUGGAGGAGCAGGUGAAGGACUCGGAAACGAAGACUGCAGAGAGUCUGAAGGAGGAGAUGAAGCGGCACCGCGAGGCCUUCAGCAAGAUGGAGAGAGACAGGAACAGCGAGAUCGAUCUUCUCUUCAACCGGGUGCAGCAGCUGGAGGAUGAGAAUGGAGAGAUGACUUUAAAUGUCUGCAGACUCAAGUCUCAGACGGAGAAACUGGAUCAGGAGAAGCAGAAGAUUUCAGACAAGCUGGAGGACACGAGUCUGAGGCUGAAGGAUGAGCUGGAUCUGUACAGGAAGAUCAUGGACAAGGUUUGGCAAAACCGCCGCGACUUCCAGAAGGAGAAGGAGUCCACGCAGGAGCUGGUGGACGAUCUGCGGCGCGAGCUGGACUACCUCCAGAUAUUCAAGUCAGAAAUGGAGCAUCCUGGGAAAGGAAGAGGCCUGUCUGAGUUCAGCGCCAAGACCAUGGAGAUGGAGCACGAAGUCCGGAGGCUGAAGCAGGAGAACUUCAAGCUGCACGACCAAAACGACGACCUGAACGCUCAGAUCCUCAGUCUGAGUUUGUACGAGGCCAGGAACCUGUUCUCCUGCAACACCAAGGCGCAGUGCCUCGCCGCUGAGAUCGACAACGCGUCCAGAGACGAGCUGGUGGACGCCCUGAAGGAGCAGGAGGAGAUCAACCUGCGCCUGAAGCAGUACAUGGACAAGAUCAUCCUGGCCAUCCUGGACCACAACCCCUCCAUCCUGGAGAUCAAGAACUGAUGCGACGCACAGAUGGUGUGGCUGUUCUGAUGUUCUGUUCACUGUAGGUUUGUGUUUCCGUCUGCUUCUGCUCUCACCGUCACUGAGCGCCAGCGCCGUGGCGUCUGCUGCACCCUCACAUCGUGACGUCCUCACGUUCGGCCUCCAUCCACUGAAAUGCUCCGUUGUCAGAUUGAAUUUACAGGCAGGAAUGCUGGAAACGGUUCUGAAUGGCAGGAAGUGCUGCUCCCCUUCACAAUAAAAGUUGCACUUUUCACCAUUUUAACGUGUUUCUUCAGCUGCAGCAGAAUUCAGGUGGAGGUUUGGGGGUUUGUUUUUGGGUAUGUGCUCCCAAAAAGUGGAGUGGGAGGGGGGCCAGCUCUUCAAUGAAGGCUGAAGGAGCAAAAAAUGCGCUAAAGGGAAACUGAUGCUGUCUGCAGUCUGGCUUCAAAACAUCUGAAUGUUUUCUGUGAUGAGAGAUGGAGUCUCCCUUCGCCCUGUUCCCGCCUCUGAAUGAGAUUAUUCCUGCAAACGGCUUUGGAAGCUCAGAAGCAAAAAGAAUGGGAUCGACCGCAUGGUCUAGUGCCAAAACACCAACAAACGUGAGCGAGCGAGGCGGGGAACGUUCUGGAGCUGGUCCAGACCUUUCAGCCCGACUCUGUUCAAACGCCAAAAACCAAACGUGGUGCUGUGGAGCAGAAAAGCCAACCCGUUUGGGUUUUCUGCUCCAAUGCGCGGUGCCUCCGUGCAAACAUGGAGUUUCUGUCGUCUGUGACAGGAAGGAGGUCCUCCUCAGUGAGCGCGUGCAGACACAGCGGCCCAGACGCCACAAAACCAUCAAGACAGAUUUUCUUCAUGGUGUCGCCGUUUGAUUCUGAUUUGAUCACCAAGUUUGUGAUUUCAUUGUAAAUGUUGUAAAAAGUCACUUUUCAUGAAAGUCACUUGGUAAACAGACUGAAUGUGUAGAUGAGUUCACUGUAAAUGUCUGAGCUGAUAUUAAAGACAUGAAUGUGUCGA